UCGCAUUGUUUCUUCCUCAUUCUGAUGCUUGGUUUGAGCUUCAGCAAGUCUUCUUCACCACAUGUCUACAGACAUUGAGUUGAUGCUAUGUCGUCGCUUGCUUGUGCCCAACUAAAAUAGCCAGUGUGUACAUACUAAUUGGUGCUGGCAGUCUGAUAAUGCUUGUUGGAUUCUUUGGUUGUUGUGGAGCUGUUAGAGAGUCUCAGUGCCUGCUGGGUUCAUUUUUUACUUGCUUGCUGAUCAUUUUUGGAGCCGAGGUGGCAGCAGGAGUGUUUGGAUUCUUGAAUAAAGAUAAGAUAAUUGAAGAUGUGCAGAACUUCUACUCGGAAGCUUACCUUGAAAACAGCAACAGCACAAUGAUCUUGUCCUACCAGAAAGUGCUGAACUGCUGUGGAACCAAAUCAAACCCCUGUGAUGCUGAACCCGAGUCUGAAAACAAGGAUUGUGAGACAAAAAUCAAAGACUUUUUCGACAGUAAACUCUUCAUCAUUGGUUAUGUGGGCAUUGGCAUCGCUGGAGUAAUGAUCAUUGGGAUGAUUUUCAGCAUGGUGCUGUGCUGUGCCAUUCGCAACAGCAGGGAGGUUAUCUGACAUCCAUGUUAAAUCUACGCUCGCCAUUUCCAUAAGUUUUAGAAAUGUCUUUUCACCUCGGUGCUCUGCUUCAGUCUUUUGAUCUGUUCUUUUUAUUAUUAUUAUUAUUAUUAUUAUUAUUAUUAUUAUCAUCCUCAUCAUUAUUCGUAGUCACAACCAAAUAGAAUAAUAGCUUUUGUAACCAUCUGUUAGGACAGUUUAUUUUGACCUUACAAUCUCUUAAACUGUUUUUUCUCUCAACCAUUUGGAAAUGUUAACCCACAUACUGUCACAGCAGUGUCAGUGCUUUUUCACACAAUCUUGACACUGACCCCUCGACUGUGGGAAACUGGAGCCUUGGAGUGCAAUCUGAGGUUAAAACAGCUGAGUUUGCUUAUGUGUGACACAGAAGCACACACAUACUAACACACUAAUGCCAUGCUAUGUGAGACCAUAACCUUAGGGGGAAAAAAACUGACCUUAAGUCCUGACUAGUAGUCUCUCAAAAAAGGCGGAGGCACAUACUGUACACAGACUCUGUGUACAGUAUGUACACAGAGUGUACAUACUGUGGGAGUUUUUUCUUCAACAAAACAACUCUUAAUUGUAGAAAUUGUACAUUUAAUUCAUUUGGUUUUUCAAAAAACCAUUGAUGCUCGAGCCAACCCUUUCCUCUGAAUUUGAAGCUCAGAAACGGAUCUAAACAAAGAAAACAAAAGUGGUGCUACACAUUUUCUGAAAGGAUUUUAAAGUCUUGCAAAAUCAACACCAAUUAUUGCUAGAGCACUGAUCUCUGUGAGAAAAUAGACCACCUCUUGUUAAUUUAUGCUCCUUUCGGCAGGCUGUCUUUGUGUUUAAGGUUGUUCGCUAACCUGAAAUGUUUAGUUCAUUUAAAACAACCUCCAGUUUUUUGUUUUUUUUCCCCCGUUGUUGCGGUUCGUUUCUAUAAAUAUGAACACAACUAUUGCACUAAUUUGCAGACCAAGGCAACCACAACGAGACCGUUUGGAGGAGGUGGUCUUGGUGUCGUGCCAAAUAAACUCUAGGGUGAGUUAUUUAUGGUGUGAACGUCAUCAGACCUCAAUCCGACACAGACACCAGGUUUACACUGCAAGAUUGAGUCAUACGCCUUCCUCUUCCCAGAUUAGCUUUGCAUUCUGGGCGGUGGUGGAAUAAGCAACCUAACACACAAAGACCGUGAAUCUUUUGUAUGAAAGCAAGAAAACUCGACAUAACUUUCAAGAUCUUGUCCAUCAGUAAUCUUCUCAGAUUAUAAUUUUUUUUAUCCAGAAACAAAGUAAUAUGAUUAAAUUCUCAGUGUUUUCUAUUAGCUCAGAAGACUAAAUGUCAAAAAUAUCCUGGAGGUGCAGAUACCCAUUACACCCAUAUGAAUAGAGAAAAUCAAUAGAUUGUGAAGACAUAGUCUUUGUUGCUUGUGUUGGAAUAGUCAGGAGGUUCAGUUUUGUCUUGAUCCAGCCACGGUCUUGGUCCAUUGUUAAGGGAACCUAACACUCAGAAAGACACCCAAAAAUACAGGUGAAAUACUCAUGCGAUCGUCUUUCCUAGAUAUACAACAAAAUAAAACGACUUUUUCUGAAAUAUAUUUAGAACACAAAGCUUACAAAUAGGGAUGCUUAAAAUGAAUGAAAAUGCUUCUUUUGUCAAAAUGUUCUACUUAAACAGAGUCCCAGCUGAUUAACUGAGAACUUUCAUUGUCAGUUUAAAAUCUAUAUCUCAGUUUAAUCUCUUUUGUGCCUUAAAAAUACCUCUCCCAAAACAUCAAAAAAAAAAAUUUAAAGUCAAUGUGUCCCUUCUAAUUCAUUAAACCAAGUACUGGAUGGAAUCAUCUUGACCAAUGAAAUUGUUUACAUUUAUGUAGACUGAACUAAGUCGCUGAAACUGCUGUCGCAGUUAUUUGAGUGUCAGGAUUCCCACUUGUAAAUAUGUCUUUUUUUUUUGUUUGUUUGUUUUUUUUUUUUAUUAGUUGUAAAUUAUUUGUGGCAGAUGUGGUAGUUAUUAUUUAACAUGUUGUAUGUCGAUUCGUGUUUGGUCUAGAUGUACAGUGACAAAGUAAUGUCAGUUUUAACAAUUCGGAAAGAGAAUUAACUCAUGCAGAACUUAUUAAUGUGCCUUUGUUUGAUCGCAAGCAUCAUGUGUUUAAAGAGCAAAUAAAUGUAGCAAUGUGUGCAUAUGUUUGUAGAGAUGGACUGCUAAUACAGUAGUAGUAGGUUCUAUUUGAGAAGUGGUUCAAAUGUUGUGCUCCUGAAUCUUUCCUCACUUAAACUGGUUAAGGUUUCAAAAUUUAAACCUUUCCUUAUAGCCAUAAUAAAACCGUUUUUAUACCCACAAGUUAGUCUUCUCACCCAGAAUAAUCUGCUUAUAGUUGGUUGAUUAAGGUCAAAUACACCUGUUGUUUGUCAAAAGCACUGAUCUACUGUGGGUUUUGCUUUUGUUAUGUCGGUGAAGAAUGAGUCAAAUAUAAGAACUAAAAGGCUUACGCACUACUGUAGGCUGCCAGUUGGCAGUGUUUACUCUUACGAUUCAGGCAACACAUAAGAGAGCCACUAAAGUGCCAUUUGGUUCAGCAGACUUCCAGUGUUUACUGCUAUUCACUCCAAAAGCUGUCGCUGUGUAAAUUUGGAGUUGUGACAAAAUGUGAACCUUUAAAAAUAAAACUAUGCACAAGCUCAUAGAUGGUAGUCCAUUUUAGUCAAAUGUCAGGCUUCUCAGGAAUGUAGUUGUCUGAGGUUUAAUAAAGGUUUUACACAAUC